CUUGACUGACUCAAAGUUGUUGAUAACAUUUUUCUUCGACUUAGUAUAGCUUACUUCAACUGACGAUCGACAUGGACCGCAGAGCGUUAACGUCCACAUAUCGGCGAAGUUUAGUGGUAUACUUUCUUACCCUUAUAUGUUCCUGCUUUCCAGUCAUCUUUGCUCAGAACUGGAGAAAUCCAGAAGACAUCAGAAGGCCUCACGAUUCUCAUACGACGGAACCCUUCUUAGACUUGUGCUAUACUCCCGAAGGAUUCAAGGGCGAAUGUCGUGGACUAUCUGAGUGUUGGGUCACCAAAUACGAAAAUUAUUCACUAAAACAAUGUAGAUAUAAUGGCUACAGAGAAACAUUUUGCUGUCCAGACUGGACAGAAGAAAACUUUCAAAUCGUGUCUUCCUACACAAUACGGCAAUCUUCUGUGCAUCGAGUGAAAGUGGUAGAAACUACAACUAUUCCAGUCAAAAGUUUAUUCGAUUUUAUCGUCAAACCUAUUAUAAGUUCAAUUUUAAACUUAAAUGCAGAUGGAGGUGAUCAAACGUCUCAGCAAUCAACUCAAACGCCUCCGGUGACAGAGCCUCCAAUUAGAGUGCCAGAACCUGUUAUCACGAGAUUGCCUAUCUGGAAUCCAAAAGUUACUCCAGCUAGGAUGGUGCUGACUACCAAGACAUCUUUUAUUAUACCUACCAGAAGUCCCGUGAUGGUUCAAUCAUUUAACAGAAAUGGAUCUAAUAUUAUACCUACAAAGAACCCUGUAAUGGUUCAAUCAUUAAACAGAAAUGGGUCUUAUAUUGUAUCUACCAGAAGUCCCGUAAUGGUUCAAUCACUUAAGAGAAAUGGAUCUAAUAUUGUACCUAUCAGAAAUCCUGUAAUGGUUCAAUCAUUUAACAGAAAUGGAUCUAAUAUUGUACCUACCAGAAGUCCUGUAAUGGCUCAAUCAUUUAACAGAGAUAGAUUUAGCACUGUAUCUACCAGGAAGCCUGUGGUAUCACAAUCCUUUUAUAGAAAUACAUCCAGCAUGGUGCCAACAAGGAAUCCAGCGACACUUCAAUCGUUUAACAGAAAUGAAUCUAAUGUUGUACCUACCAGAAAUUCUCCGGCUUCUCAAUAUUUUACGACAAAGAAAACAACAAAAUCUCAGAUAACAAGGGCCACUGUUCCAAGCAUUAUAAUGCCAUCUGCUGCGCCAAAUUUUGAAGGUUGCGGACGAAAAUAUUCCAAACACGGACCGUUGUUUGAUGCAAGAAAAAUUCAAACGUACGUUAUUGGCGGGCACGAUGCAAAAGAACACUGGCCAUGGAUGGUUGCCAUCCAUUUAUCAAGAAAUCGUUCUCCCCCCAAAUUCAUGUGCGGCGGAAGUUUGAUCACAACUCGCCAUGUUUUGACAGCUGCUCAUUGCUUCGACACUAGGAGUCACAGCAGAGAUAGAUACAGCGUUCUGGUUGGCACGAGCAAUAUCACCAUAAAUACCAAAGAACCCGCUGUAAUUUCUAGUGGUGAAUUCAUCGAAGUUUUGAACAUCCGUAUCCACGAGCAGUAUGUACCGAAAAUCCAUUACAAUGACAUAGCUGUUCUGACGCUGGAGUCCAAAGCAACUCUCAGCGAGUUCAUCUUUCCCGUGUGCCUGCCAUCUACCAAAGACCUUAAAGCAGUAACUUCUUAUGCAAAUGUCACACUUACUGGAUGGGGACAUACCGCCUAUGGUGGUACAGAAAGCAAGAUUCUUCAAGAAGUUGAUCUGCAAAUCAUUCCUCUCAGCCGUUGCCAACGUUCUUAUGAAGAGUUUAAGACGAAAGCCCUUUCCCAGGGAAUCAUUACAGAUAUGCUAUGUGCUGGAGAUCCUCAAGGUGGAAUAGAUGCUUGUCAGGGUGAUUCUGGGGGGCCUUUAGUAAUGGAAAAUGAAGACCGAUGGAUUCAAGUGGGCAUUGUCUCUUUCGGUUUCCGAUGCGGCGCCGAAAACUAUCCAGGAGUUUACACCAGAGUUUCUGCUUAUAUGAGGUGGAUCAGUCGAAUUUUAUCCGAGUACCAGUACUACGUCUAGUCAAGUGUUUUAUGAAUCAUUCAGAUGUGGUCUAUUCAGUCUUUUUUAUAAUUAAAUUUUAUUGAA